GCCGCGGCGCGGUGGACGACCUUCUCGGACGACGCCUGGGAGGCGGCGGAGAACGCCGCGUUCGCGGCCAUGUGCGAGCGCGAGCGGCAGCCGUGCGCUCCCCAGAACGCCGGCUUGUCAGCCAUCUCCGAAGACGGCUGGGAGUUGGCGGAGAAAGCAGCCAUUCUGAAUCAACAGGGUCACGCUGAGCAGCUCCCUGUCCUUCAGGCGGAAGAGGUGGACAUGAUCAAGGCAGUCAGCAUCAUGCCGGAAGUGACGACAGAUGACCUGCUGAUCAUGCAGGCGACCCGAGCCGGAGCCGUGCCCACCGAGCACGGACCUCCGCGGUUCCAG